ACAUAUUCUCAAUAAAAAUAAUUGCAGUAUGGAAAAUAUAAGAGAGCAGAUUGAAAGUUUAAAAUCUAAAGAACAACAUCUUGAUGAGCAAAUUAAAAAUCUCAGAGAAGAAGGGUUUAAAGAAGAAGAAUUAAACAUGCAUAUUGAAAAACUGCAUGAAUAUAAUGAAGUGAAAGAUAUUGCUCAGCUUAUUCUUGGAAAACUUGCUAUAUUUGAAGGAGUUACAAUCAAAGAAAUGCAUGAAAAGUAUGGCUUAAAUCCUGAAGAUUAAUUGAAAACAAAAAUAAUAAUGAUCAUCUGUAAAAUAAAAUAUCAUCUAUUUAAUAUUUCUAAAUUUUGUUUUUUAACUUUGUGAAGAAAAUAACAGUUUAAUUAUACCUUUUCAUACAAUACAAUUACUAGAUUUCUUUUAACUUAAAUGGAAUAGAAGUAGAGUUUUCAAAUAUCAAUAUGUAACUGGUUCAAACACCAUUGUUCUCUAGGAAUUAUCACAUCCACAGAUUCCAUAAAUACUAGCCUAUCAACAACUUGAUUUUACCCAGAUGCAUUUCGGAAAUUACAAUAUUUACUUCCUUGGUGGGCUUUCUUUCAAAUGAGCCGAAUGACGCACAAACACUUUUUUUGAAUAACAGUGUUUGAACCAGUUACAUAUUGAUACUAAUUUCUUUUUUUCUGUAAUAAUUUGAACAAAGCAGAAAAAUAUGAUGAUAAAAUUAUUUUGA